GUCGUAGUAGCGAGGAAAUGCCUCGGAAGGCGAAGCGCAUUAGGAAUGCCUAGUCGGGUCUCUGAUCGCGUCGCGGCGCGGGAGCUCCAGAUUUCCAGCAGCCGAUCGCGAGGAUUCUCAUUCCAGCGCUCAUCGAUCGAUCGCUCCUAGGCUUUCGCCAUAUCGAGGGUUUUAGAUUUUGGGACAAGCUCUCCACAAUGAAGUGGUUUGAUAAGAUUUUCAAGCCUUUGCACCAGAAGGUUCAUGAAAUCUCCCAUAAUUCGUCCUCCGAGGCGGACGAGGAGCUGGAUCGAGCCAUAGCUUUGUCACUCAGCGAUCACUACGACGACAAGCCUGCGGCAAGAGACAAAGGCGCCACAGACAACGACGAGGCAUUGGCGAGAGCUUUGCAGGAAAGUUUCAUCAGUGAAGGCCCCUCUGGCUUCUCCUCUGGCUUCUCUUCUGGCUUCCCAUUCGGUGGCGAUGGACGAACACGCAGGUUUUCUGGAGCUCACGUGUGCGCACGAUGUAAAAAGACCAUCGGACCUGGACGUUUUCUAAGCUGCAUGGGAGGUUUGUGGCAUCCGGAAUGCUUUAGAUGCACGUCGUGCAAUAAACCAAUUUCGGGUUCUGAGUUCUCGGUGUCUGGAAACGAUCCUUAUCACAAAGAUUGCUACAAGGAACUGUUUCAUCCUCGGUGUGAUGUCUGCAACUUAUUUAUACCGCCAAAUUAUUCUGGCCUGAUAGAGUAUAGAGUUCAUCCUUUUUGGGGGCAACGAUACUGUCCUUCACAUGAAGAUGACAACACGCCCCGAUGUUGUAGCUGCGAGCGUUUGGAGACGAAAAACUCCAAGUACGUAGUUCUAGACGAUGGUCGAAAGCUGUGUUUGGAAUGCAUGGAUUCUGCCGUCAUGGACACAAACGAAGGGCAGCCUCUGUACCAGGAGAUUAUCAACUUCUACGAGGGCAUGAACAUGAAGAUAACUCAACAGAUACCGAUGCUUCUUGUUGAAAGGCAAGCACUCAAUGAGGCUCGUGCACACGAAAGUAAUGGACAUCACCUCACCGAGACUCGCGGAUUGACUCUAUCCGAAGAGCAAACUGUUACCUCUGUAAGUGGAAGUUUUGCUAGAGCUAGACUCAUGAAAUGCUUGCAGGUGUUUAGAAGACCGAGGAGCCGGGGGUUUUUUGGAGAGAUGAGAACGGAGUCGAUGAAGCUCAGAAGAAACUGUGAGGUGACUGCCAUUCUGGUGCUGUAUGGGCUCCCCAGAUUGCUGACAGGAUCCAUUCUCGCGCACGAACUAAUGCACGCAUGGCUCCGACUGAACGGAUACCCGAGCCAUUUGAAUCCGGUGGUGGAAGAAGGCAUUUGCCAGGUGAUGGCGCACACUUGGCUGGAGUCGCAGAUUGGAUCGUCGAGCAGCUCCUCUCACGGCGCUGCCAAGCCGGCGCCACACCAAUUCGACACGAGCAAGCUGCGCGAGUUUGUGAUGCACCAGAUCGCAAUGGACCCUUCCCCGGCCUACGGCGAUGGCUUCCGGAUCGGGCAGAGCGCCGUCGUCCAGUUUGGACUUCCCAGAACUUUGGAUCACAUCAAGCUCACGGGCGACUUCCCCGUAUCGUGAGACUAUGAUCCGCCGACGUGGCUCGUACGGCUCGCCACGUCUAUAACCACGCGGACAUCACUUUAUUGGUGUGUGCUUGCGUGGCAGAUUUUUUCUUGCCAACGCGGACACCACUUUGUAAAACCCCUUAGUACGUGUCACUUCUCUGUUC